UCGGCUGAGGCGGCCGGGCCACCUCUGCUCGUCCUCUCUGGACACGGGACUGCAGUUCGGGAGGAAAGACUAGGGCGGAGCCGUCAGGGAAGAGCCCGGGAACGGAGCGUUCCGCAGCGGCUGCGACCACGCGGCAGCCUCCGCCCCCCAGCGGCCCGCGGCGCCGCCUCGCUAGCUGUCAUGGCCGCCGGGUCACGUGACCCCGGCGCCGCGCAGGCCCGGUUCCCCGCCGCGCCAGCCCCGUAGCCGGCUCCCCGCCUCCCUCCCUUUCUCGCCGGGCCACUCGGACGCUGCCUGUCUUCCCUUAGGAGGACUGCUGCCCGGACUCCGAGACAUCCGGAAACAUCUGGAGAAAAAUGACACAUUGGUUUCACAGGAACCCACUAAAAGCCACAGCUCCCGUUUCUUUUAACUACUAUGAGAUCGUCACUGGUCCCACCGCUUCAAAAAUUUGCAGCGACCUGAGGUCGUCCAGAGCACGGCUGCUGGAGCUGUUCACGGACCUGAGCUGCAACCCAGAGACGAUGAAGAGUGCAGCAGAUGCGUACUUCUCACUUUUACAAGGUUUCAUAAAUUCAUUGGAUGGAUCUAGCCAAGAAAGUAAGUUACGAUAUGUUCAAAAUUUCAAGUGGACGGAUACAUUACAAGGACAGGUUCCAAGUGCCCAGCAGGACGCUGUUUUCGAGUUAGUUUCCAUGGGAUUUAAUGUAGCUCUGUGGUACACGAAAUAUGCUUCAAGGCUGGCUGGAAAAGAAAACAUAACAGAAGAGGAGGCGAAAGAGGUCCAUCGAAGCCUGAAAAUUGCAGCUGGGAUUUUUAAGCAUUUAAAGGAAAGUCACAUCCCAAAGCUUAUCACACCUGCAGAAAAGGGGAGAGACUUAGAAGCACGACUCAUCGACGCUUACAUCGUCCAGUGUCAGGCUGAAGCUCAAGAAGUGACAAUAGCUCGAGCAAUAGAACUGAAGCACGCUCCUGGACUAAUCGCUGCCCUCGCCUACGAAACAGCGAACUUCUAUCAAAAAGCUGAUCAUACUUUAUCCAGUUUGGAGCCUGCGUACUCUGCCAAAUGGAGAAAAUAUCUUCUCUUGAAAAUGUGCUUCUACACGGCUUACGCCUACUGCUACCACGGGCAGACUCUGCUGGCUAGCGACAAGUGUGGUGAAGCAAUCCGGUCUCUCCAGGAAGCAGAAAAACUUUAUGCAAAGGCAGAAGCGCUGUGCAAAGAAUACGGAGAAACCAAAGGACCCGGACCCACAGCCAAGCCUUCGGGACACCUGUUCUUUAGGAAGCUCGGCAGCCUCGUGAAGAAUACCCUGGAAAAGUGCCAGAGAGAAAAUGGGUUCAUUUACUUCCAGAAAAUUCCGACGGAAGCCCCGCAGCUGGAACUCAAGGCCAACUACGGUCUCGUGGAGCCUGUGCCUUUCGAGUUUCCUCCCACGAGCGCGCACUGGACCCCGGAGGCGCUGGCCGCGUUCGAUCUCACCAAAAGACCCAAGGAUGACGGCACCAAAGCCAAACCGGAAGAAGCGGUGAAGCCCAUGAAGGAGCCAGACGUCAGGCCUCAAAAGGACACCGGGUGCUCCGUCUCCUAAAGCGCGCGUGGGCUCUCCACUGGUAGACGCGAGGGGCCGGGGCCUGCAGAUCACUCCCCGGAGAGGGUUUCUCUGAAGCCUGUCGAAUGAUUGCGUGCACUCCGAGGGCGUCUGCCUCCAGCUUAGGUCUAGAUAUUUAAUACCGGCGAGGGUUCCCGCUUCGUCUCCACACUCCCUUGUAGCCAGGACACGUGGAAGGUGUUGAAUAGUGUGUUAGAGGGUUGGGUCCUCCCCAACCCAAACCCUGGGUGGUAACAUGACAGGUUAACGCAUUAUAGGCCAGAAUCAUGUGUUUCUGGGUAUGUUUUUCUAUCUUCACAAAGAAAGCUUUUUCAUUUUCCUUCCUCUUACCUUGAUCCCAGGAGAACGGCAGGAGUCGGUCUUAGACACACAUUGUCCCCAUCACCAUUUCGUGAGUUGAAGCACAGGCUUAGGUUCUGAGUUAUCUUUUCCGGUGGAAAAAAUGUCCCUUACAGUUCAAGAUCAGAAAAUGUUUAUACCCAGUCCUGUAACAUACAUUCAAACCUAUAGUUUGCUCAAAAGUCAGUGUUGGUAGGAAUGGAGGGGCUGUUUAAGAAUUUGUCUCCUGGUGGCCCUGCUCUCCCUUCGGCCUUGGUGAGACCUGCAGUGGCUUUUGCAAGUUCCUCGCUCACGGGCGUUUCACUUAGAGGGAAGAACCUUGUAACAGCUCGUACAGUUUCCGUGUGCAGGGAGGCAGAAGGAGAGCUUUUUGGAGAAGUCAGACAUUGCAUGAUGUAAAAGAGAAACUUCAGCCAUAAAGGAGAUGAGCUGUUCUGAAUUACACUGGUAACUCGACUUCUUUGUUUAAGAAGUUACCAUACAAUGCUUUCGUUACCUGAUUUCAGUGUACCUUGCUUUUGUAUGGUUUUCUAACACACACCUCCUGUCAGAAUUGUGUUGCUUUAGGCCAGAGGCCAUAGCAAAAACUUAAUAAAGCAUUCAGAUACAGUAUGAUCUUACAGAUAGCUUGUAACACAUGAACAGUUUAGUGUCUGUACAGACUUGGGGUAUGGUGGGUGCAUAAUACUUUCACAAAAGUCACACAUCUGUAGGUUUAUCUUCUUUCGGUGAUUCGCUGGAGCAUUAGCUGAUUUUCCUGUUAUAGAUGGAUUGGCUCCCUUAAUAAAAAUCAUUAAGAGUGGUGUAAAUGGAGAGCUCACUGCGUUCAAGGCACCGCGCUGAGCCCUCGCGUGGAUGGACCCGUGAGUCCACGCAGUGGCUCGGAGAAGCGUGGACAGUCUGCAUGAAGGGUGGAACAGGAGUGACCAUUCAUGGCGAAGAAUAAACAGAUCAUGCCCAUCUGGAUCAAUGUUGUGUUCACGGACGUGAUUACUUAAAUCAUAACUUGGGCUCUUGAUAAAAGCCACAUGGCGUUUUUUAAAAUACAUGGAAAUGCUACCAAAAAUAAUACAUGGAAAGGCUCCUUGCUGUAAAACACUUGAUAGUUGAACCUGCAGUUUCCAGAAUAACUGGAGUUAUAAUUGAACAGUUAAGUUUGCUGUAUAUAGUAAAAAUAUUUUGAUUAAAUUUCUCUGCAUUCUGAUUAUAAAAUAUAUACCAUGAACUGACAAGGUCCCAUAGUGCUCGAUGCCAUUGUCUCACUGGUGACCUCAGUGUGCUUGGGUGCCAGAGCUUGUUAACCGAGUUACUGAAUUCUCACCUGACAUCACCGUGGAUCGUACUACCACACACGGAGUGAGAGUGUGGCAGACGCCCUGAGCUUCUGUAAAGUGGCGUAAAUACAGGUAUUUUACUGUGUCAUUGGCAGCUUGGACAUUAGCAGAUAAAUACACUGUUGACUCGGCCAAGGGGACAGACACUUGGUGACUAAAAUAUCCCAUUAUUUGUCAGAGCCCUUGAAAGAGUGUUGGGAAUCUGGGCAGCUGAGAAACAGGUUGCAGGGAGGGUACGGAGGGGUGGAGCUUCGGUGUUCACUGUUGCACACGCUUCACACUCCAUCUCCAGUGGAUCAGGACAGCUGGCGUUCCGCUACACGCAUUGUUUGUAUAAUGGACUAUCCUUAUUUAUGAAAAUAAAAGUAAUUUUACUAACA